UCUAGAGCAACAAACGAUCUUCUUCUAUCAAUGGCUCCUUGUCUAGUUGGGAAGCUGGUGACUGAAGUGGAAAUCAAGACGAAUCUUGACGGGCAUUACAAAUUGUAUAAGCACUACCAAGACCUUCCAAAAGUAUUGCCUCAAAUUUACUCCAGCGUCAAAGUCAUCGAAGGAGAUGGAGCUCAGUCUGGCUGCGUCAAGGAGUGGGGCUAUGCUUGUGAGGGUAAAUCAUUAACUACUGUUCAAGAGAAGACGACGUACACAGACGAAACAAUGACCAUCUGUCACUGUGCCGUUGGAGGUGAUAUGAUGAAUGACUACAAGAAGUUCCAUUUAAUACUUACAGUUAGUCCAAAGGCUAACGAAUGCGGGGGUAUUCUGAGUCUCAGUAUUGAAUAUGAGAAGGUUAAUGAGUAUUCUCCAGCUCCAAUUGCUUAUCUAGAUCUGUGCCAAAAGAUCAUUGAAGGCAUGAAUUCUUAUCUUUGCUCUUCUGAAUAAACUAUCGGUAUGCAUAUAUGAUGCAGCAAAAAAAGUAUUCAAGGGCGUAUCUAUGUUUGUGGUUUGUUUGAAUAAAAAGUAAGCAUCCAAACAGUUGAGUUGGUUAUCAACUUACAGUUUUAUACUUAUACCUACCUGGGUUUGUAGGCAGAAGUCCUCUUUUUAUAAAAGAGGGGUGUUUUUAAAGCAAAUUAUUGAUCAAAUCUGUAUGUUAUGCGUGUAUAUUAUAUAUAUUUCUGUGUGUA